CAAAAUCAACACCAGCCAUAAAACAAGCAUUGCAGAAGAAGAAAAAAAAAAGGAGGUCCACCAAUUCCCAUGGCCACCAUCUUCUCUCCUUCAGCCAUCUUCUCUUCUCCAACUCCAAAAACACCUUCAAAUCCAACUACAACUAAAUCACAACCCGCUCUCCCACCAACCACUACAGCCAAAUCCUCAAUUGCUGCCACUGCCGCCGCAGCCGCAGCUGCCAUCAUCCUAUCCACCACACCUCCCUCUCUAGCAGACCCAUCCACCUCCUUCCAAGUGUACUACGGCACCGCUGCUAGUGCGGCCAACUACGGUGGCUAUGGCGGCAAUUCAAUCAAGAAAGACUCUGCCGAGUACAUCUACGAUGUCCCCGACGGAUGGAAGGAGCGUCUCGUCUCCAAAGUCGAGAAGGGAACCAACGGCACCGACAGCGAGUUCUACAACCCGAAGAAGAAGACCGAGAAAGAGUACUUGACCUUCCUCGCCGGCUUCCGCCAGCUGGCACCGAUGGAUGUUGUGCUGAACAACCUCGCUCUGUCAGACGUUGAGCUUCAGGAUCUCAUCUCCAGCGCCGACAGCGUGAAAUCGGAGGAAAGGAAGGACGACAAGGGACAGGUCUACUAUAUCUACGAGAUUGAUGGGGCCGGCGCACAUAGCUUGAUCUCUGUUACGUGCACCAAGAACAAGCUCUAUGCGCACUUCGUCAACGCGCCGAAUUCCGAAUGGAACAGGGAUCAGGAGACAUUGAAGCACAUUCAUGAGAGCUUCAAGACCGUUGGAUCUUUUUAGCCACUGCCUUUGGAUGCCAUUUCACUGAAUUGCUGAUAGAAAGUCAAUAUAUAUACUUGUGAUAUCCAUCUGCUUUUUGUGGAGUUGUAAUGAGAAUUGAUGGUAUGAGUGCUUGUGGGGGAUUUUGAUUUUGUGGUAAUUUCGGAGGUUCUAAUUAAUGAUAUUCUUGCAUGAAUUCCUUGAA